ACUUGGCUGAGCGUUCUAGCAACGUUUGCUGAUAUCGUCGUCUGCUUCAUCUUGACGUUCAAAAUGCGAGAGAUUCUGUCGCCAAAAGCCAGUUCAAAACGCGGCCAACACCGAUUGUCGUCACGCGACGCCCGAAUCUCCGUUUUCACAGUGCUUAAAAUUCUGCUUAACCAACCCCAGGAAAACGACGAACGCUUACCCCUGAUGCGACUGUUGCUAAUGACGACGAUGCUGUGGGGCUUCCUACUGAGCACUUUCUACAAGACCUUCCUCACGUCCAUGCUCGUCCUGCCGAGGGUGGUCGAGCCCUUCAACACCCUCGAAGAGCUCGUCACCAAGAGGACCAUGCCGUACAUGAUGGGGCCUGGGACUCUUCUUGCCGCUUGGGCCAAGGAGGCAGAACCAAACUCUACAUUCGGCAAGCUAUAUCGAAACGUCGGCUUAUGGGAGAACGAUUAUAUCACCUCCAUGGAAAAAAUUGUAUCUGGAAAGUACGCUUUCGUUGGCGUCCAAUCCGCAAUGUACGGAGUCAUCGACGCCGUUUUUGCGAAGACCCGUACGUGCCCUCUAAUCGUCAAAGACAACUUCCUCCCCUUCUCGCUCCAUGUGGGCUUUCGUAAAAAUUCUCCGUACACGGCUCCGUUCAACAAACAGGUGAUGCGCCUGAGGGAGAGCGGUAUCCUGAAUAUGCUCGAGAAGAAGAUGAGGACUGCAAUGAUCUGCUGGACCGUCACCAAAGAGGAGCAGUCUCUUCGACCGCUCGAGUUGAAGGACUUCUAUGGCGUCUUUCUGCUCUAUUUCGGUGGCUUGGGCUUGGCUACAAUAUCGUUCAUCGUUGAAUUAGGCUUCCGCAGCUGGAAGAAAGAUUCCAGGAGCAGCUAGAGCUUCAGCUCACGAUGAACUACGUGCAAUCAGGAUACCUACUCCAGCUCACACCGACUUACUGUUGCUGUGUUGAAAGUGAAACUCGAGUUGGCUGCUCCAAUAAAUUUGAAUAAAACAAUUUUAAAUAAAAUAACACUACUACAAGAACGUGCUCAACGACGACAUUACUGCAAUGCAUUUAUGCCUGGAGGGCAAUACAAGUAAAGUGAAGAAUUGAUGAAUU